AUGAAUAAAUUAACAUUGGAAAAUCAAUCAGCGGUUACCAGAUUUACUGUGCAGUGCUUUUCUGACAAACAAGCUCUCCAGACCCCUCUAUUUAUGGUCUUUCUUCUUGCCUUCCUCAUAAUUCUCAUUGGAAAUGUCAGUGUUUUUGCAGUUAUUACACUUAGUGUCCAACUUCACAAACCCAUGUACAUAUUCCUGGGCAGUCUCUCCUUCCUGGAUAUCUCCUCCACCUCAACGACUCUCCCAAAACUAUUAGCCAUGCUGCACACACAAGACAAGACCAUAUCAAUCACAGGCUGCAUGGUUCAGUUUUAUUUCAUCAUGGCAUUCGAUUGCAUUGAAUUUAUUCUCCUUUCUGCAAUGGCCUAUGACCGCUAUGUGGCAAUUUGUUACCCACUUCACUAUGCUUUACGUAUGAGCCUGAAACAUUGUGCUAAGAUUAUAGUUGGUGUGUGGGUCGCUGGCUUUCUGGCCCCAGUUAUACACACUGUGCUAAUGACAAACUUGUCUUUUUGUUCAUCCAAUCACAUUAAUCAUUUCUUGUGUGAUCUCACCCCAGUGCUAAAGAUUUCCUGCAGUGACACCUCCCUUAUAGAGAUGAUCACUUACAUUGAUGGGGUAAUUGUGGCUUUUAGUACAUUCACAAUCACCUCAGUCUCUUAUGUUUUUAUAUUGUUUAAAAUACUAAAGAUUCAUUCAUCCCAGGGUAAGAAAAAAGCCCUUUCCACCUGUACCUCCCACCUCACUUGUGUUAUCAUCUUUUAUGGAAGCAUCAUCUGUUUGUACAUGAGACCAACAAAAUCCAUCAGUCCCAAUCAGGACGUAUUUGCUCUGCUUUAUGCUGUAUUGGUCCCUAUGCUAAACCCUUUCAUUUAUACUCUGAAAAAUAAAGAAUUUAAAGCUAAUUUAACGAAAAUUGGUAGUAGAAUGUCUUCCAUUUUUACAAGAUUUAAUGGCAUAAAUAAAUCACAAAACAGUCUUUUCAUUAACUGA